AUGCCAGAGAAGCACAAAUUUGAUGUGAGAGCACUCAGACGAGACUCACAAAGUUCUGAACUGGAAGGACACAGCCUACCGCCAGACACUCAUGGUAGCCUACAAUCAUCAGUGCCCCCACCCCCAUAUUGUGUACAAGAUGAAUAUCCUCCCUGUGGCCCAGGACACAUCUCGACUAUAGAUAGCCCGGCAAACGAACAACUCGCGACUACCACGAACAUUCAAGAUCCUGAAUUGUGCCCACAAGUCCCAGAAUGGAGAGAAGAUUACAACAUCUUCAAUCUUACACAUAGACCGGGCAAGCAACCUCUCGACAACAAGAUUGGCGCUCGAAGGAAUCGCGGACAAUUCAGAUCUGAGACAUGGGAGGCUCCAGAAAAGACCUCAGAGCUGAGAACAAUGCAAACUUCCAAACCGAGGAGAUACAUCUCCCGCACAUUCCCUGCCGAUUCUUCCAUGCAGCCAUAUCUCGACCAAUGUUAUGAUCGGCCAUAUGGAUUCUCUCCAAGAACGGCGCUUCCAGAGGGACAUGAAGAUACAAAAUCAGCCCAAGAUCUAUGCCUCGAACUAGAACAUCUACAGAAGCAAAUAGCGUAUUUAAAAUCCGCUAUCAUACCAGCCGAGCAAGAAUUUCACUCAUUAGCUGCACGUUUACUAAGGAACAGCAAUGAUGGUCCACACUUUGACAUUCUAAUUACGGCUGAGAAAGAACACGUAAUAUCUCAGAGAAUGCAGUGGUUACAAAAACAAUUUGUGAUCAUACGGCGGGAGAUUUCAAGCAAAGAGCGUGCGCAUGAGUACGCCGUUGAAGAAUUGAAUAGGGUUAGUGAAUUGAAUGAUCGACUGUCACAGCCGCUUAAAGAUAUGGCCAAGGCGAUGAAUGAAAGGAGGUUAGGGAGGAGAUGGCUACAGGGGAAAUUCCCGUGGGCUGAUGCUGUGCAUAUCGGAAGUGAUGUGCCGGAUUUUGCUAUGAUUAUGACACAGAGAGAGUUACGAUAA